CUUUUAAUUGUUAUUCUAAAUUAAAAAUAUAAUAAAUCUAAUUUAAAAUGGAUAAUAAUUUAAAUUCCGAGUUUCCUUAUCAUAAAAAAAGUUCAAUACGCUUCAUUGAUGAACUUAGACUUACGAAUUUCAAUGCGUUGCUCAACGCUUAUUUUGUCUUUGACUUUAACAGCACAGAUAGCGCUGCUAUAAAAGGACCCGUCAUAGUAACACAACAGACACAAGUCACAACGCAUCAUGAGCAGAGGCUACAAAAGCUGGAAUAUGGGGAACCAUGGCAACACGAAUGGUGUCAGUGGGAGACAAGAUUUACCAGGGCAAAGUCACUACGGGGGGCAAAAUCACUACUCUGGGAGGCAAAGUCACUACUCUGGGGGGCAAAGUAACGUGCAAGGUUACUCUGGAGAAAGUGAAUCCAAAAGGAUUCGCAAUGUGGAAUUCAACCGAACACGGGACGCAAAACUCGCUUGGCAUGGAUACAAGUCGGCUGACCAAUUGAUACUCGCGAUUAUGUCACGAGCAACUAACAGAAAAAUAUGUGGCUCCAAAUUUGAAGUUCUGCGCCGCCUCAUUGACUCAAAUCCCCAAUAUCUUUACCAGAUUCCUUUCAUUGAAAAUUUGGCCAAGCAACCCAUCAAACAAGUGGAGAAAUACUUGGUGCCACAAGAAGAAGGAACAGUCCAAAUGACGAGGCUGGAAAUUGCUCAGUGUUUAGCAAACGGCUUCUUCUGUACAUUUGACGACGAGACAUACAAAAACUACGGAUUUCAAAAUAUGAAUUUUGAUGGCCUUUAUAGCGACGAUGGUCGUGAUCGAUCAAGUGCAAAGCUUGAAAAGCUGAAAUGCCUAAUGGAAUACUUCAAUCAAGUUGAGGCCAAAAUUAAUAUGAAACAUAAAGAUUUAGAUGGAAAAAUUACUUUUCAACGGGUCUGCGUGAAAAAAAUGCCAGACUGGGAGGGAAGCCAGUUGCCUCUUUGCGAUUUUCAGUGCAACCAAAGCGAUAGCAUCUUUGACUGCCCAUCAAACAUGGCUGCAGUCGAUUUUGCAAACAAGCGAAUUGGCGGAGGCGUCAUCAAUAAUGGCAGCGUUCAGGAGGAGAUAAAAUUCAUAACGUGCCCAGAUUUGAUCGCCGCGCGUCUGCUGUGCCCGGAGUUGGAGGACAACGAAGCCGUGAUUAUCGAAGGUGCCUCGCCAUAUUCAAAACAUGCUGGCUACGGCAGAGGUUUCCAAUACGCGGGUCCAGCUGACCAAUUCGCAAAUCGCUCGCAAGUUGUGCUUGCGAUCGACGCAUUGGACUUUUCCCGAGGUGCACCGCACAUGCAAUACACAAAGGAAGCCAUCAACAGGGAGCUUGUGAAAGCGUAUGCCGGGUUCUGCAAUUCGCCUCUUGAGAAAAUUGCGACUGGAAACUGGGGAGGUGGAGCAUUCAAAGGUGACCCAACUUUGAAAAUGCUCAUUCAGUGGCUGGCUGCGUCGGUGGCCCAAAAGAAAUUGCACUACUACUGCUUCAACGACCAAAACCUUCUUCAGGAGUAUGAGAGCAUCCAAAAGGAUGUGAAUAAAUUGAAGAUUCGUACUAUAAACGAUCUCUAUGUAUACACGCUCUGUCGAUUUAAUGAACCGUACCGCAAUUCUGUUCAGCAACGCAAGGUAAGAAGAAUGACAAUGUCUCCCCCAGUUCAACAACAUCAUUCUCAGUUUUCCCAGACUGCUGGAAAGCAAACGGUCACACCUCUAACAAAUCCAUCAGCGGCUUAUGGAAGUGUCCCACCGACAAACAAUGAUGAAAGUUUUGUGGUAAUUGAUGAGGAGGCACAAGAGGCAUUUAAGUUGGAAUUCAAAGGAAAACCAAAUGGUUCAGGUGCUGGAGAUCGGGAGAAAUCGCUCCAAAUGAUUGGCUUCGAAGGAGUGGAAAAUGCUGUAAAAUCAGAUAAGUCUCCAGAAUUUUUGAAUAUUCCGAGUACAUUGGAGGCCCAGGUCGUCUCUUAUAUGGAAGUUGACCAACACAGUUUAGGAUCGACAGAAACAGCAGCAAUCUCCACGGACCUACUUUGGAAGCAGCCUGAGCAAAAGCAAGUCCCCGCAAACUACAAAAAUAAUUCCGAUCAAGUUGCUAACACAUUUCGUCAAUAGUGCGAAAUAUUUCAAACUCAUGAAUAACUUUAAUAAGUUAAUCAUAAAAAAAUCCUUUUUUUUACGAAGUAAGAACAACUGAAAGCGCAUAUAUAGGUAAUUCAAAUUAAACGUUCUUAAUGCUUCAGUAAGGCUGGUUUGUGAACACUAAUGAACACUCUGAAAUUGUAAAAUAUAAUUACUUCAUUGUGCGCCACUUUGUAAAAACGUAAGUUUAAUAAUUCCUUGUUAGUAAAAUAAGACUCAUCUAACCAAAGAGAAAUUUUUUAUGCAUGAGUCCACAUAAAAUCAUCCAAAUAAUCAUUCAAUUGACGAAUUAAGAUUUUUAAUAGCUUGUUAUAAGUAAAUCGUUAAAAGUAAACCUUCGGAAUAUUAAAUAUGGAAUUUGUGUGUGCUUGUUUCAACAAAAUACAAUAGACAAUCUUUUGUUAAUUUUUAAAUCAUUAUACCUAAAAAAUAAUAAUUUUACUUAUUUCUUUUCAUUUAAUCAGGCUUUCAUGAAACUGAACUUUAAAAAUUCAAGUAAUAUUGUGUACAUAUGACAUGCAUAUAUUUGAAGUCUUCUUUAAUUUGAUAUGUAUAUUGUAUGGCUUUGAGCAGGUUCAGAGUUUCAUCGAGAGAUAGCGCGAGUGCUCGGUGCUCGCGAUUUUGCAAUAAUUGGCAAAAGGCAACGCGCAUGGAGUCUUUAAUAAAUAGUGCAGGGCUUUAUUGUAAGGGAAUAUUCAAUUUUGACAUUAUCAAAUACAAUUGUAACAAUGUGGAUAAGAUAAUAAAAAUUAAAAAAUAAUAUAAAAGAAUGCAUUAUAUUGACUUGAGCAACGGCUUAGUCAAAACAGUUAUAAAUGUUACCAAUAUGUGAACAUAACUGAAUUACAAAUAAAUUUUAAUCAAAUGUUUUCAUAUUUUACAGAUUUAAAGUAAUUUUUUAAUAGUGCUUUUAAAGAUGAAAUUGUACAUAUGUAAUUCGUUAUUUUAAAAAGCAGUGAACACAAC